UAGAUGAUUAUCAUUUUGAUAGAGGUGUUUCCGUUUCUGUCUCAUUUGCUGAUGUAAUGCAAAUCCUCUGUUUAUUUGCAGAGGAGAGACAAGCACAGCUUCUGAUGAGACUCGGGGAGAAGUAGCUGGUCGACUUCGUGUUUUUUGGCAGUUAACUUCUCCUAAACGGGUGAACGGAGUUCCUCGUUGCAGCCGAUAAACGGACAGCAUUUGGCAUUUCAUCAGCGUGACCUUGACGGCAAGAUCACGGGAUACUGAAACGAAGCUAUAGCUUGUCUAGAAGUUAAAAUACAAGCGGUAUGGCGGAGGAAGAUAGUUUUUCAUACCUCAAGACUUUCCCCCAGGUGUUUCCUGUACUUCGAGUUCGUUCUUUAAGUGACACUUCUGCUUUUAAAUCCAGAAUAUUGACCAGACUCCGUUCAGCCUGCUCAGUGGAGGGACUGGAAAAAUCUUCUCUGGCCAACUGUGAUGUGGUGGUGGGAAGCUCGCAGUCUCCUCAGCUGAAAGGAAAGGGGAAGCUCUCUUCUCUCGGCAAGAUCUUUAAACCUUGGAAAUGGAGAAAGAAGAGAACCAGUGAUAAGUUCCAGGACCUCUCAAAAGUUCUGGAGAGGAAAAUAUCAACCAGGCAAACUCGAGAAGAGCUCAUAAGAAAAGGCGUCCUUAUUCCAGACCAAGAUGAUCCUUUGAACACUGAGACUUUGAAUGGCCAUGCAGUGCCCAGUGGAGUUACUGAAAAGGUCAAAGUAGACAUUGAAACACCAGAACGGGUCCCCGAAGAGAAACCAGACUUGGCAGCAGUGGCAGAGGACCCAGAAGAGAGAAAGGACAGCAAAUGCAGCCCGCAGGCCAGUGAGUCAGCCGCUUCAAAAACCCCUACUAAAAAACAUCAGGCCACAGUCCAAAAGCCCUCCAGUGAGGCCGCAAGCACUGCCGUGAAGAAAGGGGGCCAAGCAGGGGGUAAAAAGGUAACCAAGAGCACCAAUAAGCAAGUCUCCGCUCCUCCACCCAAACAAACCACACGAACUGCCGCUCGUGGCAAUGCUAAGCCUUCGAAUCCUAAGAAAACUGCAGGCACAUCCAAGAGUUCCUCUCAGGCCUCAGGACAAUCUUCUUUAUUGACCAGCUCAAAGACCCCAAAGAACAACAGCUUAGAAGCGCAACCCAAGUCUGCCAAGAAAAACGAACCUUCCAGGUCACCACGGCCCUCUUCCAAAAUCUCGUCAGAGACCACGGAAAGCUCUUCUAAAAAGGACCAAAAGAAAAAAGAAGUGACCUCCAAUAUUGAGAAGGCUGAGGAGACAUCUCAGAAUGGGAAGGGUGCCAGUCGUCUCUCGGAGUCGUCUGCAGAGAAGGACAAAAAGCAACCUUAUGUUAAUCAAACCACAGAGGAAACGUCCUUCGCUGGAUCUUCAAAUGGACUUCCUUUGGACACUUUAGGGCAGCCUGUGAGCGCAGAGAGUGUAACGGAGAAAGAGAGGGCAGUGGCAGACCAGACACAGAGGGUUGUUGGGACCGAUGAGGGAGAGAGACAACAAACUGUCAAUGUGGAAAAUCCAGAUGUGACCGUCAUUCCUGACUCCGUUCGAGAAAAUCAGGCCAACGACUCCGAUUCAGAUGGACCUAUACUCUACAAGGAUGAUGAAGAGGAAGAUGAGGAUGAUGAGUAUACCUCUAGCUCACUUGCCAGCAAAAUUCGCCGUAAGGACACACUUGCCAUCAAACUUGGUAACAGGCCCAGCAAGAAGGAGCUAGAAGAGAAGAACAUUCUCCCACGGACCUCAGAAACGGAGCGACAGGAGCUACGGCAGCAGAUCGGCUGUAAACUAGUGAGACGACUGAGCCAAAGGCCCACCACAGAAGAGCUUGAACAGAGAAAUAUUCUGAAACAGAAAAAUGAGGAAGAAGAACAAGAGGCCAAGCAGGAGAUUAAAAGAAGGCUAUCCCGAAAGCUCAGCGUCCGGCCCACUGUUGCAGAGCUGGUGGCACGUAGAAUUUUGCGCUUUAAUGAAUAUGUGGAGGUCACAGAUGCAAAAGACUAUGAUCGGCGUGCUGACAAGCCCUGGACCAGGUUAACCCCUGCAGACAAAGCUGCUAUACGUAAAGAACUUAACGAAUUUAAAAGCAAAGAAAUGGAAGUCCAUGAAGAAAGCAAACAGUUUACCAGGUUUCAUCGGCCCUGAGUCGGUGCCUGGUCGUGGGGGUGCUGGACGGCCGCUAAGUCGAAGCUCUCUCUUCCUGUCUCUUCGCCCAUGCUUCCUGCCGGGAGACUAACAGACUGGCUCCCUGCGGCAGCCGGCUCUUCUCUGGCACCGGCUGCACUUUGGUUCUUGCUUUCGGCCACUAGAGGGCUACAGUGCAGUUGAAGAGAGUCCUGGGAUGCCAUCGCGAACUGAAACUGAAAGAGAGGAACCUUCAAACAAGAAAAAGCAAUGCAAUGUUUGAGACACGUGGUUUUUUUGUUCAUAUCUGUAAUGUUUUUGCACACACUAAGGACAAGACUUGCACUCUUUUAAUUUAAAGUGUCCCUGAUAUUCUCUCAAGGUUGAGCACAGCAGUGUGAAAACAUUGAAGCGCGUGCAGUGACUCAUCAGUGGCUCGCAUUGUUGCUGCGUGCGGCUCCAAGGAUUUUUUGUGUCUGUUUUAUUUUGUACAUAUUACAUAUUUCUUGCAGUAUUCGAGCAGAGUCCAGUAAUAUCUAUGAAUAUCCGUGCAUGUGGGGAAAAAACCAUUUUAUAAGACUCGUGUAUCUGGUCCAGUGUAUAUUACAUGGAUAUUGAGGUGUAUUUGGACAACGUGAUGUCCAGAUUUAUUACUGCCAUUAUUCCUCUGUAUCCAGAUCAAUACGUCCUCGAUAUAAUAGAAUGUAAUCAGAUUUAUGUUGUGCCUUGACAGUGUUGUUUUAUUUCCCCCCCAAAAAAAGUCUGAUUACUUGAUAUAUAUGUGGUCAUAUUGUAACAUAUCUGUAACUGCUGUUCAGGAAGAGACUCGUCAUACGUUUAUGGAACAACUCGUGUUUAUUUGCCUUGUAUUUUAGUUUACCCUGACAUUAUUUCCCAAAGUUCCAGUUAGCAUCUCACUCAUUUGGCUUUUAGGUUGUGCAUAAAUUUGGUGGGUUUUAUUGAGUACAGUGGUGUAGACCAGGUAAAAGAUGUGGUAAGCAAUAUAUAAUGUAAACCGGUAGUUUUAACUUAAAUCAGAAAGGGCUUCUAGUCCGUUAUUUUAGUCCAUUAUAGAAUGUGUCUGUAUUGCAUUGUUGCACAUUUUGGUGCUCUAUAUAAUAUAUGAUUGUAUGUCACAGGCAGAACGUGCUGGACGCUACCUCAUGUCCGGCUUCUUGUCCAUGUAGUUAGAAAUUGGGGAAAUUUAAAUUAUUUCAAAUUAAUUGUACAGUCUGUAUAUGAUAUAUGUGAAUACAUCUAGGAUAUUGCAGUAUAUUGGCUUGAUUUGCUUCUCAUUUAAAGAUGGUGAAAACAUUAACUUGGAUUUAUCAUCUGUGUUUUGUUUAGUUAUUUAGGUUAGCAAACGUACAUAAGAGAAACCACCUCAGUCACCACUGGACUAUAUAUAUAUAUAUAUAUAUGUAUGCAGUUUACACUGCUAUUUAAUAAAAAAAAGACAUAUCAAUA